AUGGAUUCUGGUUCAGAUUCGAAUAUUGAGGAAAAUUAUAAUUUUAAAACUGGAAUUACGGAAGAAUUUUCCGAUUUGGAUGUUGAAGAAUUCAAUGAAUCAUGGUUCAAUGAAGAUUCAGAUCUAAAUAUAAAAAAACUAGAUGAAACUACUGUCAAUCGAAUGCAAAUAUAUACAAAAUUUAAUAUUCCAGUUUCUCAACGUGAUAAUGGAGAAAUUAAGUUCAAAGCAACUGCAAUGACUUGUAAAUCAGCUGCUACAACACAAAAAAAAAACAAGCAACAGCCAAAAAGAAAUUUAUCAAAAAAAGUACCAAAUAAAAUUAUAAUUUUUUCAGAUUCUGAGAAAGAAACUAUUUCAAACAAAAAGCAUAAGUCGGAAUCAAAUGAACUUUAUGAAUUAGAAAUUGAAGAACAAAAAUAA